AUGAAGGCGUGCAUAAAAGAGUAUUCAAAACCUGUAGUCAGAAAAAAUCCCCUUUCACUUAAUCAAAUUGAACUCGUCAAGUCUAAUUCUGGUAAUUCUCACAAUGACAAAUUAUUCUUAGCAUUAUUAGGAAUUGGCUUUGGUGGCCUUCAUCAAUUAGGCGAAUUAACUGUUCCCGACUCCGAGUUUCUACUCGAUGCAAAGAAAAUCAUUUUAAGAUCAUCCCUUCAAUUUUCAAGUUGCAAAAAGUUCAUUCAAUAUCACCUCCCAUAUUCAAAAUGCGACUCGACUUUUAUUGGUGCUCCGAUUAUCAUUCAAUCUUUCGAGAAUACGUCGGCUUGUCCAGUCUUAUUAUUAAAAUCAUAUUUGUGUUCCAGAGAUACACUGUUUAUGGCGGCCUCUGAACUUUUCAUUACCUCAUCUGGUUGUUCUCCUUCUCGUAAAUGGUUUUUAUCACGAUUUCAUCAGCAUUUCAAUAAAUCAUUUUUGGGCCACUCUCUUUGA